AUGCACACGACAACCAACGACCAGAACAAAUUCAAAAAAACAUCGCAAGUCGUAAGCAAGCCAGCAACGACAGAGCACAACAUGGCCGACGACCUCAUCAAGCAGGGACCACCACUGAAUGAGACCAGGGCACCUCGCGAUGCGAUGCACUCCCUCGAACAUGACCUCGCAAACAAGGGACAAGCAGCGGGACAUCGCCACACGGACGCGCGCAUGGAAGACGCACUCGGUCGUGAUGGAAAGAAAUACCACAAACACCCGCACGAUAUCGCCGCGGACCCACGCCUCGACAGUGACCAGCUGGGGCGACAGAACAAUGUUUAA